AUGUCAUGGCCUCGGCGGCGAACUGCUGCCGUCUUGUUCCCUCAGGCUCUCCGGCGUCUCAGCAGAUCUGCAUCGAUGCGAGUCGCCAUAGAAGGCUGCUGUCAUGGCGAGCUUGACGAUAUCUACGGCACUCUCGCGAGCGUAGACCGUCGAGAAGGACAGCAGACUGACCUUUUGCUCACCUGCGGUGAUUUCCAAGCUCUCAGGAACCAUGCAGACUUGCAUUGCUUUGCCGUGCCUGACAAAUACAAGCGCCUCGGCGGCUUCUCAGACUACUAUAGCGGCAAAAAGACAGCGCCUCUCCUGACCAUUGUCAUCGGAGGCAAUCACGAAGCGAGUAACUACAUGUGGGAACUGCUCGCACCACGAAUCUACUAUCUCGGCGCAGCAGGCUCGCUCCUCAUCAACGGUCUCAGAAUAUCGGGCAUCAGUGGCAUCUACAAGAGUCACGACUACCAAUCCGGCCGGUUUGAAACGCUGCCCUAUGAUCGCUCGACCGUCAGAAGUACCUAUCAUACACGCGAGUAUGAUGUCUUCAGACUCGGGCAGUUGUCGCUUGCGCCGCCAGACGUCUUUCUGUCGCACGACUGGCCGCUCGGCAUUGCUCAUCAUGGCGAUUUGGCUGGUCUAUUGCGCUACAAGCCCUACUUCCGCCAAGAGAUCGAGAGCAACACGCUCGGCUCGCCGCCUCUCAUGCAUCUGCUCCGAGUACUCAAGCCACCUUUCUGGUUUGCAGCACAUCUGCACGCUCGUUUCGCGGCUCUGGUCAAGCACGACGGCUCGGCUACUCAAAUCAACCGAGGCAGCAAUCAGGCACAGCCCGCUGAAGCUGAUGCGCCAGCAGGGACAGAUUCCAUCAAUCCCGAUGCGAUCACGUUAGACGAUUCGACAGACGAGGCAGAGGCGGAUGCGCUCGUGCCCAGACGUGGCGUGGACGAGUCCAUCGACAACACGGUCGCAGUCAAUUCAUUCGAUAACCCAGACGCGAUUGCGCUGAGUGACGACGAGGAUACGGUCGCUGUCGAACCGCCACUGCUUCCGCUCGAAGCGCCGCUUCGCGCAGAGACGAUAGCGACCAGAUUUCUGGCGCUCAGCAAAUGCCUGCCCAAGCAACAGUUCUUGCAUGUCAUGGAGAUGCCGUCAGACCCGCUCGAAGCGACUGGACCAACGAUGACGUUCGAUCCUUAUUGGCUGGCCAUCACGCGAGCUCUUCAUCCUUGGCUAACGCUCGAACGACGACAGAAGCCUCUGCCGUAUGAUCCAAGCAUCGUCAAAGGGCUGGUGGAGAAGGAAGUGCAGUGGGUCAAGGACAAUCUUGCAGAUGGCGGGAAGAUCCCAGUAGAGUCGGUGCAGCAAUUUGCGUGUACCGCGCCGACCGCCGAAGGUGCAAGCGACAGCAGCGCCCACCCGCAAUCAUUCACGAAUCCGCAGACAGAGGCACUGAUGGCGCUCUUGCAAUUGCCGAAUCGUAUCAAUUCCAAGACGAGCGAUUCCUGA